UCGAACUGUGUCCCUCGAUUGUUUGUUUUGUUUUUUUGUGUGUGUGUGUCCGUCGAUUGGUAAGAAAAAAACUGUACGAGUGACGUGUGCACGCUCCCGCCUGGGGUUACAUUUCACGCGGGGCAGACAAUUUUCGGCACACCACCUGUUAGGCUGUGGCCCUGUGUUUAUGAGAACCUGCUCAGUUUGUGAUUGCGGCCUGGAGGCGAGAAGAUCAGCGACGGCAGAAUGUCAGACAUCGAGUCAAUCAAGAAAAUGGUGCGGGCUGUACUUCAGUCCAGCAAGCAAGGAGUGGCUGUUAACAAAUUGCAGUUUGAGUACCGCUCACUCUGUGGAGAGAAUAUCGAUCUUAAAAAACUGGGCUUCAAAAAUUUGGAAGACUUUCUCAGAAGCAUACCAUCUGUGGUACGGCUGGACUACAACAAUGGAGAUUUGAGAUGCUUUGCUGCAGUAUGCAGUGAGACGGCACACAUUGCCCAGCUGGUGGCGCGACAGAAGAGUUCCAAGAAGUCGGGAGGCUCACAAAUUGUUAACUGCAGGAUGAGACGCAAAGCUUCCAACCCUUACAUGUUUCAUGAAAGGCCAAUGUCUUCUCUGAGGCAACCUUCACGUGGUGGCUUUUUCAGGCCAGCAAAAGGCUAUCUAUCCCACGGUGGCUUCAGGGCUUUCAGUGCCUCAGGAGAUUUUAGGCAGGUGGGCCAUGGCUUUAACCCACCAGUCGAGCAUAGACUGGCUGUCCUUCAACCAGCUGUGAAACUGUCUAUCCCUGACAGGGCCAAGAAUGUAGUAAUUCCUCAGAAAUCAAAGGAGAAUCCACUUGAACAAGUCUCCACAUCCAACUGUUUUGAGUCAACGCUAUAUGACAAGACAGUGCUGCAGGGAAGACUAAACCAGCUCCUGAAGAGGUACUCCACUGGGCUGUGGAUGUCUAAACUGCCAGCGGUUUUCAGUGAAAUGUUUAGCGAGCAGCUCCCUCCUCAGGUGCUCAAAGAUCUGGAGAAAUGGACACACAUUUGUAUGGUGGAGAAAUCAAGUAGCAUCACAGGUGACUGCUUGGUUUACCCUCCCCUACCUUCCUCGACUACACUGAGAAGCAGCCAGAGUUACAGCCCUGCGCAAAACUCCAUUAACUUGAGCCCUAUUUCAAAGUUAAAGUCCUCACAGGCUUCUACAUUGAACCCUCUUUCAACACCUAGCAUUUUCUCUGUUAACCCCUUAACCAACCCCACUAAUCACUUGACAACUUUGGAAGCCCCACAAAAGUUGUGCAACAGUGUUGCUGUCACUUCAAGUAAUGGCAACGCUGUCAUGAAGAAUGUCAACCUCAGACAAAAUGUUCUCUCUCCAAAAUCCAACCCUUCUGGAACAAAUCUUUGCCAAACUCCUUCUGAUUUACCACCACAGAAGUCCACAUUGUCCUGGAACUCUGUUUCUAGUCCUCCUGCUGAAUCCAAUUCUGCUGUUUCUGCUGACGUGUAUCACAGAAUAAGGGAUCUUCUAUCCAAGUACACGAACGGGCUGUGGGUCCAUGCCUUGCCCAAACUUUUCAUGGACACGUACAAGGUCCCAUUCCCUGAGGUUUUGAUGGAUAAAUUGCAUCAUCUUCCAGACCUAUGCACGGUGGAAUACCCAAUUCCAAAUGGCAAGAAGGCCAUCCUGUAUACGCCCAUGAGGGUAAAGCUGGAGGAAACUGACAGCACAGGUAGUCGGAAGAGCAGAAGCCACCACUUUCCAUCUGGUCUGGAGGUCAUUGGUCCUGUAGUUCCUUCCUGUCUAGUUCAUCCCACUGUUCAGUACCCAUCGGUACUGAUUAUUGAUGCCAAAAGCAGUAAUGCUGUUACCAUAAGGUAUAUUGGCGAUGGCUAUUCCAAUGCUCAGGAGGCAAUGGAGGAUGCAAUGCUUUCCUUUUAUAAACAAAACUCCAACCUGAAGCCUCUCACUAAUCUUGUCGUGGGUCAACUGGUAGCAGUCAAGGGGGACAAUGGUAAAGAAUUUACGAGAGCUCAAGUCACUGAGGUGACCACCAACAACAUCAAGGUUUACUAUGUGGACCACGGCUUUAGUGUGGAGACUAAGAGAGAAAAUCUCCAGGAGUUGCACCAUGACUUCCUGUCGCUACCCUGUCAAGCUACCAAUGUUAGGCUUGCAGGUUUAGAGGAGUUCACUUCCCAUCCCACUGUGAUUUCAACCUUGAUGAAGUUGGCCGUCGGAAAAAUCCUGCUGAUGGAGUUGUUGGGUCCUUUCCACCCCAAUGACUUGCCUGAGGCAUUGCUCUAUGAUACCUCACAAGAUGAUGACAUCAACAUAAACUCUGUCUGCUUAAAGGAACUCCAGGACAAAACUAUGAAUAACCCCCUAACUGUAAAUUCUACCUAUCAGGGUGUGUGUGUCACACAUGUUUGUGCAGAUGGCAUUAUCGUUUGCCAGCUGCCUUCCAGAGGAACUGCAAGACUCGCCAAAUUUUUGGAAGAAAUAAAAGCAUUUUUCAUUUCUCAGAUGACCUCUGAUUACUUGGUUUCUAAACCCUUCAACGGCAAGAUGUGUCUGACCAGCUACAAAGAUAAAUGGUGCAGAGCUGAGAUAACCCAUCUUCAUGGCAAUCGAGUCAUUGAGGUCGUCUUGAUUGAUUUGGGUGUACCAGCAACUGUAGAGGUCACUGAACUUCGAGAGAUACCCCCUCUUUUCAUCCGAGACUUCACCCUCAUCCCGUCACAGGCGAUCAGAUGUCGUCUGGCUGAUGUGGACGUUCCAGAGGAAGAUUGGAGCCCAGAUGUGGUCUUCUGGUUGAAGAAUGCGGUCCUUGGAGUUGAAGAUUGUAAAAUGAAGAUUUUAAAGUUGGAGGAGAACAAAAUGGGGAGACUGGUGCACAUGUACCUGUUUGAUGGUAAGGAUGUACACCAGAGCAUUAACCAAAAGAUAAGCAACCCAGAAGUCUGCAAGAGACUGAACACCAGAAAAUGCGACAUGGCCACUGAUCACAGUGCAUCAGUCAGGAAACUGGCUGAGAGCAGCCCAACUAAUCUUCAUCUGCAACCAUGUGAAUCAUCAUCAACAGUUACAAACUCCAGUAUGCCACCUCCACUCCAGCUUCCCGUGCCUGGUCAAAACAUGGAUAUCUACGUUCCAGCAGCUUGCCACCCUGGUUACUUUGUGAUUCAGCAAUGGCAAGAACUGCAUAAAUUAGUAGUUUUGAUGGGAGAGAUGAUGCUCUUCUACAACCGAAAUGCGACCACCACUGCUAUGGAGAUCAAGAAGGGAGAUGUUUAUGCCGUCAAAAUAGACAAAAGUUGGUACCGUGCAGUGGUGAAAGGGAUUCUUUCCAAUGGCUUGGUUUCGGUUUACGAAUUGGACCAUGGAAAACACGAGCUUAUCCAACGGUCUUUACUUCAACCUUUGAUUGAAGAAUUUCGACAGCUGCCUUUUCAGGCCAUCACUGCGAAGCUAGCAGGUGUGCCCAAUUGCAAGUGGUCAGAAGAGGCGUCCAUGUUCUUCAGAAGUCAUGUGGAAAAGCAAGGACUCGUGGCCCAGAUCGAAAGUGUUGAGGAUGAGACGGAAGUCAAGAAGGAACUGUGGGACUGCAGAUUGACAGUGUAUUUGGUGGACACCAAAAUUGAGGAGAAGGAUGUUUGGAUCCACAGCAUCAUGGCAGAUAUUUGGAAUGUUCCAUCUUCUCAUGUUGUGUCUACGCACAUGUUGUGAUUCAUGCCACCGUGGCAUAUUUGGUUUUCAUUGUUUCGACUAGGUUAGAAAAAUUGAACGUUUGCACUUCUUUCUUUUCUUUCAUUUACACCACUCUGCAGUGGGUUUUCUGCACAGUUACUGAAUAGGAACACAGCACAAUUGUAUUGUAUAAACCUGUUUUUAACCCUUUAGAGCACUCAUUUGCUGCCAUUGAUGGCGCUAGACGUUCAAUCCAUUUUGACUGGGAGAGACUGCGAAUGAUUCCAGUCUUGCACCCUUUAUGGCUCUGAAAUAUAAGUAUUCACAGACAAUCCUCUCAUUGCCAGCCUAAGUCAAAAUGGUUUGGACGUCAAUGUCCCUGUUAUGUAAGUAUUCACAGCCAAUCAUUCAUUCAUCUUCUGUUCCUCUUAUGCUCACAAGGGUUGCUGGUGUGAAUUUCCAAUAAAACGCAUGUUGCU